CAGGAGCCCGUUGUUCUGCCUCUCCCGGAGGAGCAGCGGACUCGAUCCAGACACAAUAAAGUCUUUGUUUCCAAAAGACAAAUAUUGCUGAUCUAAGAAUUUGCGAAAAUGGCACCGCACGCUGAGACUGACGCGGGCACAGCGAACGGUGGUGGACACUCCAACAAUGGCGCUGCUGGCAAUGGAUCGCCCGCCCGCCCCAAGUUCAUUGUGAACUCUCCCAAUGUGGUGUACUCGGACAGCGAGAUCCGCUCCAAGUACACCUACCGCACUACCAUGGUGACUGAUGGCGAGGACGGCACCCGCACGGUCACCCCCAAGGAGACCGUCUAUGACUUCAAGCUUGACACCAAGAUCCCCAAGGUCGGUGUCAUGCUGGUCGGCCUGGGCGGUAACAAUGGCACUACCAUUACUGCCGGCAUCAUUGCCAACCGCCGCGGCCUUGUCUGGGACACGCGCAACGGACGCCAGGCUGCCAACUACUACGGCUCCGUUGUCAUGGGCUCGACCCUGAAGCUGGGCACUGACACCAAGACACAGCAGGAUGUCAACAUCCCCUUCCAUGACGUCUUGCCCAUGGUUCACCCCAACGACAUGGUCAUUGGCGGCUGGGAUAUCAGCGGCAUGAACCUGGCCGAUGCCAUGGACCGCGCCAAGGUCCUCGAGCCGACCCUCAAGGGGCUCGUCCGCAAGGAGAUGACCGAAAUUGUCCCGCUUCCCAGCAUUUAUUACCCCGACUUCAUCGCCGCCAACCAGGAGGAGCGGGCCGACAACGUGAUUCCCGGUUCCAAGGCUUGCAACGCCCACGUCGAGCAGAUCCGCAAGGAUAUCCGUGACUUCAAGGCUGCAAACAACCUAGACAAGGUCAUUGUCCAGUGGACUGCCAACACGGAGCGUUUUGCCGACCUCAUCGACGGCGUCAACGACACAGCUGACAAUCUGCUCAAGGCCAUCGAGGCUGGCCACGAGGAGGUUUCUCCCUCGACCGUGUUCGCUGUUGCUUGCAUCCUCGAGGACGCCCCUUUCAUCAACGGCUCCCCCCAGAACACCUUUGUUCCGGGUUGCAUUGAACUGGCCGAGAAGCGCGGCGCCUUCAUCGGCGGCGACGACUUCAAGUCUGGCCAGACCAAGAUGAAGUCGGCCCUGGUGGACUUCAUGAUCAGUGCCGGCAUCAAGCUCACCUCGAUUGCCAGCUACAACCACCUUGGCAACAACGAUGGUAUGAACCUGAGCUCCCACAGGCAGUUCCGCUCGAAAGAGAUCUCCAAGUCCAACGUCGUGGACGACAUGGUCGCCGCCAACACCGUGCUGUACGGUAAAGACGAGCACCCCGACCACGUAGUCGUCAUCAAGUACAUCCCCGCAGUCGGUGACAGCAAGCGCGCCAUGGACGAGUACUCUGCUGAGAUCUUCCUUGGCGGCCACCAGACCAUCUCCAUGUCCAAUGUCUGCGAGGACUCCCUGCUUGCUUCCCCGCUCAUCAUCGACCUGGUCGUGAUCGCCGAGCUGAUGACUCGCAUCCAGUGGAAGCUGCACUCGGCCGAAGGAGAGGGCGCCAAGUACAAGAACUUCCACAGCGUGCUGAGCGUGCUCAGCUACAUGCUCAAGGCUCCCCUGACCCCUCCCGGCACCCCGGUCGUCAACGCCCUGGCUAAGCAGCGCGCCGCACUUGCCAACAUCUUCCGUGCCUGCGUCGGCCUCGAGCCUGAGUCGGACAUGACCCUGGAGCACAAGCUGUUCUAAGCUGUCCGGCGCCCCCGCAGUAGGAUGGCCCAUCUCUGAGUAAACUUAGAGAGUUGUCUGCCUCUUGCGCUGCACCUUCACUUCGUU